AGUGAUGACAGGAGGGUAUUAUGCCGACUUUUGUGUUUCUCUCGCCGAUGACUACAGUUGUCCAGUUUGUCAAGGGGCCCUGAGAGAACCUGUCGUGACUCAAUGUGGCCAUCAGUUUUGCAAAGGAUGUAUGGAGUCUCACCAGAGGGUUAACGGCAUGCCGUGCCCAGUCUGCAGACAUCAACUAAAAGAUGCUGAGAUCUAUCCAAACAACUUUCUUAAACGACAAAUAUUAGGUUUGAAAGUUUAUUGCGAUCGAAGAGAGGUAGGAUGUGAGUGGAUGGGAGAAUUAAGAGAGCAAGAAGACCACAAUGACUGUUGUGAGUUUGUUACCGAAAAGUGUCAAAAUCUUUGUGGAGAGACGGCAAUGAGAAAAGACAUGGAACAUCAUAUGCAAAAUGUUUGUAGAAGGAGGAAGAUAGAGUGUCUCUACUGCCACAUGUCUUUGGAAUAUGCAGCUAAAACUGAUCACACUAAUGUGUGUGUUAUGGUCCCAAUAAUGUGUGACUGUGGGGAGCCGGUCAUAAGGAAAGAUAUGGACUACCACACAGGCAAUGAAGGAACGUGCACCACAGCGUUACUUUCAUGUGAGUUUGCGAAUGCUGGCUGUCAAGUACGAGCAAAUAGGAAAGACUUAAAAGAACAUAGGAAAAAUGAUGUUGCUAGUCAUCUCAGUCUUGUGAUGGCUACAUCUGAAAGGAAGCUUGCUGAUGUGAAAUUGGAAUUGGUGAGUACACAAAAGGCUCUUGCACAGAGCAGGUCUGAAGUUAGAUAUCUCCAAACUGUCAUUUCUAGCGAGUUUCAGCGGCCAGUCAUUGCAUCAGAUGGAGUCACUUAUGUAUGGAAGAUAGCUAAUUGGCAAGAACAACUGCGUCGAAUUAACUCAUUAUGGUCAGGGACAAGUAUAAAUAGUCCAACAUUUCCCUUGGGUUUUUCAGGAUAUACCAUUAGCAUACAGCAUUUUCCUAAUGGUGAUGGGAAAUUUAAAGGGUCUCAUCUAUCGUUUCACAUUUAUCUUCACAAAGGAAAGGUUGAUGACCAAUUGGAUUUUUCUGCUCGAGUUCGCUGUGCUAUAUCAAUUGUGGAUCAGGCACUUAAUGGAAAAGACGUGACAAGAGAAUGGAGUACUGAGUUAUCACAUGUAAGAGCUACAACUUGCAUUGGGUUAGUAGAUGAUAUGAUAAGUCAUCAGGUGGUUACCACACGUUUAUAUCUAUUGAAUGGUUCUUUGCUAGUGAAAUUUCAACUAAAGCAUGUGUGAGAUGUUAUGGCUAGUGUUUUAAAGCUGUUGGCGUGUUUCGUAUGGAACUGUAGUCUUACCAAGUGACUUUGUGACAAUGUGACAAGCAAGUAUCAUAUGUGAUGAGUAGCUUGAUUCGUAAAUGUUGUUUAGUGAACUGAAUGUGUUGUCGCACACUUUAUUUCAUGUUUGAAUAAUUGCUUGCGUGAUUCUUGGAUUAAUUAA